AUGACGGGGUUCCUCGAGCAAGAUGAAAAGGCUCCUCGCGCGGCCAAUGCUUCGUCCACGGAGCUGGGAGUUCCAGGGACUGACUGUGUUGAAAGAGACCCGACGGUGGCAUUGCAACACAUCAAGGCCAGUCACGUCGACCAUCCGAUUCACUGGUCGGCUUGGAAAAAGUGGACGAUUGUCACUGUCUACUGCCUGCUCCAAGUGUUUGUCACCAUGUCAUCGACGACUUACGCGUCGGCGAAGGGAUUGAUCCAAGAGCGCUAUGGCGGCACCGAACAGACCGUCACUCUGGGCCAGAGCAUGUUUAUCUUGGGGACUGCGGUCGGACCCGUGUUUCUCGGGCCUUUGAGUGACCUUGAAGGGCGAAAAUGGGUGUACGUCGGGUCGAUGGCACUGUUUGCCCUGCUCAACAUCGGCACCGCCCUGGCACUCAAUCUGCCAAUGCUCAUCAUCUUUCAAUUUUUGGCCGGGGCGGCCGGGAGCACGGCGCUCACCAACGUGGCUGGGACGGUGGCGGACCUGUACGGAUCUCUGGAUGGCGCAGGCCAGCCCAUGGCCCUGUUCGUCAUGAGUGCCAACGUCGGCCCGGGCAUUGGAUCUCCGGUGGGCGAGUUGAUCGUGGAAAACAUCAACAUGGGGCGGCCUUGGAUAUUCUGGAUCAAUGUGAUCAUUGGCGGUGCCUUUGCCAUCGGCAUGUGCUUCAUCCCCGAAACGCUGCCCCGGGUGGUGAUCAGGAAUGCUGCCAGGCGUCAACAGAACCCGGACCCCGAGGAGAAUGUGGUUGCUCACCAACGCUUCGACGUUCUCCGCGAGACGGUAUUUGUGGUGACAAUGGCCCUGCGUAUCCUGGCCACCGAACCCAUUGUGCUUUUUUUGGGCGUGUUCAACGGAUUCGCCUAUGGUCUGCUAUAUCUCUACCUCGAUGGCGUGUGGAAUGUGUUCGUGGUCAAUAAUGGUCUCUCUUACAUGGGAGCCGACUUGACGUAUCUCAAUUUCGUCGUGGGUGCCUUUAUCGUGUUUCUAUUCUUACCAGUCCAGACUCGAUUGUUUACCAAAGAUCGAAUCAAGCACGGACACGCUCGCCCAGAAGCUCGAUUCCUGACUUCGCUCGUCACUGUCUGGCUAUUCCCAGUGUCCCUACUAUGGUUUGCCUUCACCUGCGACGGCAACACCAACUACUGGUCGCCCAUUAUUGCUGGCACUGUAUUGGGAUUUUGCGACCCUCUUCUCUGGUUGAGCAUGCUCAAUUAUAUUGCGGACAGCUACUCCAACUUUGCUGCUUCGGCCAUUGCUGCAUUUUGCAUACCAUCUUUCGCCAUCGCGGGAGCGUGUACACAUAUUGGAAUCAUCAUGUUUGAGAAUAUGAGCGCCAAACGGGCAAUGGCAGUGUUGGGGUUCAUCUCGGUCGGAUUGGUGGUCCUGGUCUAUGUGCUCUACUUUUUUGGUCCCAAGAUCAGGGCCAUGUCGAGACUUGCAAAGUAA